AUGUCCAACCAUAAGAGCACUGAGUCAGCCCUCAAGAACUUGGAGAUCCAAGUGGGACAACUAGCUAAGCAAAUAGUUGAGAAUUCUUUUGGAGGUUUUGGAGCUAAUAUAGAGAAAAAUCCCAAAGAAGAAUGUAAGGUUGUCAUGACUAGAAGCAAGAGGGAGACCAUGGUGGAAUAUGAGAGUAGGACUAGAAAGGAAGCACCAUAUCCCUUGGUGCUGUCUAAGAAGGACAAGGAACGACACUUUACUCGUUUCCUUGAUAUCUUCAAGAAAUUGGAGAUAACUAUCCCAUUUGGAGAAGCCUUGCAACAAAUGUCACUCUACUCCAAGUUUCUCAAGGAUCUGCUGACCAAGAAGGGAAAAUAUAUCCACAGUGAUAAUAUUGUGGUGGAGGGAAAUUGCAGUGCUGUUAUCCAGAGAAUUCUUCCACCAAAAUACAAAGAUCCAAGGAGUGUCACAAUCCCUUGCUUAAUUGGUGUUGUGUCAGUUGGAAAAUCCCUUAUUGACUUAGGGGCCAGCAUUAACUUGAUGCCUCUAUCCAUGUGCAAAAGGAUUGGAGAGUUGGAAAUCAUGCCAACAAGAAUGACAUUGUAG